AAUUUAAAAUAUGCAGCAGAGCAUAAUUUACCCUUACUCUACUGUCGUCUGGUACUUUUGGUUCGUUGGGGCAUUGUAUAUUUGCACGCCUGAGCAAUGGAAGUAAAGCUAGACUGGUCUUGCGCAUUCUAGAAAAAAAAAAAAAAAAAAAGAAGAAGAAGACUGGUCCACUCCCAUACAUCAUCAAGAGUUGUCUUAUUAAUUGCGUCCCUUUUAAGGGAAGAGUUUAGGAGAGCAGUCAAAGUAACCCAUAAAAUAUUAUCAGAAUUCCAAAGCUCUUACAUAUGUCGUUGAUUUGCGCCUAGCUAUCAGCUAUCAAAGCUGCUUAUCCCCUCCUUUUGCUGAGCCUUUAGUUCAGUUUGGUUCAGAAGCAUGUGCCCAAGAGUGUUUUUUUUUUGGGACAAAAGGAACACUUGUAUUGCAUUGAAAAUCACGGUUAAAGGGGCAGAAACACACUGUAAGCUCGAAACAGAACAACAAUGGAGUUCAAAGUCAGAGCAAUCUAAAACAAAAGCAAAAGCCAGAAAAUGAACAGGAAUUAGAUUGAUCUCUAACAAAAGAAAAUCCAUAACAGGAGGCUAACAAUGUGAGAACCAAAUCCCCUUGCUUUCGCAACCAUCAACACAGCACAAGCAAGGUUUCAACUCGCCCGAAACUAGAAUAGCCCAUGGCAAUUGAACUUGCAACACCAUAAGCCGCCACCUGGGGAUCGUUCCAAGACGACUCAUCACAGUGAAUCUCAUGGAAGGGAUUACUCGGCGGUGGACAGGCUGAAACCGGGAUGCUCUGAGCUGAAAAAGCCGAGGAAGCCGGAGGCAAGGAUGACCAGGAACAGGACACACAAAGAAUAAUCUUCACCAUCUCCAGAACACUAGCGAAACACAGCCAACGACGUCGAAAAUGACAGUAGACCCCACUUCAGUCGACCGAAACAGAAGCACUCAAGCAAACCAGAGGUAGAUGGAAGGAAGAUCUGUGAAUCUACUCACCAAAAGAGGUAAGCACACCAACAUGGAGCAAAACACCCAACAGCUAAAUUUAAUUUAGUAUAAUUUUUUUUCCUUUCAAUUAUUAAAAAUAUUGUUAAAUUAUCAAACCGGUUCGGUUAUAAAUUGGAGGGGCUGGCUGGUGCAGACUCAUAUUUAAUGGUCCAGAAUAAAGCCCAUAAAAUGGCAUGAUCAACAUCUCGAGCCCAGCAGAGGAGCCCGUCAACAUUGGUAUGGUACCUACCCCUACUGAACUGGGCCGAGCCCACCAGAAGGAAGGCCCAGCCGCUGAUUAUCCAGACGGAAACCGUGUGGAAACUGAAAAGUGAAAACGGAGGGCCGGCUGGUCGCAACGACGAGGAAAGGAAUAAUAUUCGAUUAGUCCGGCGAAACUUUUGGUCCGAGUGAGCAAGCGGGACCCACUUCCAACCCGAGCGCUUAGCUAGCGACGCCACAACUCGACGAACUAACGAGCGUAACGAAGUAACGAACUAAUUUCAGAAUCGCCGCUGGAGACUUGAUUUGGUCAUAUCAGUAUCCAUCCCUCAACGCCGCCGGACGGCCGGAGGAAUUCGAAUUCCACACCGUCGGUAGGAAGAUUCACUUCCCGGAGCAUCAGAAGGAAGCCAACAAAUCGGGCACGAUCAUCUUCUCCAUUGAACUGCCUGCCGGAGGAAUUUGAAAUUGAACCGGUGCGAGUCGGAGCAGCAGAAGGAAGGAAGGGAACUAGCUUAUCGCAGUCGUCAUUCGUCCUUUGUUUGACUCAACAUGUUCUCUAAAUUCUUUCGUAAGAAUGCCAGUGUGGCGAAGCAACCUCAGCCUUCUGCUCAGGAAAAUGCAUCAAACGCGAUCUUAACUUCCAAAGACAUAAAUCCUCGGGUUAAUCUUCACUAUGGAAUUCCAUCUACCGCGUCUGUUAUGGCUUUUGAUCCUAUUCAAAGCCUUUUGGCAGUAGGAACACUGGAUGGGAGGAUAAAAGUGAUUGGCGGGGAUAACAUUGAGGGGCUUCUGGUGUCUCCAAAGCAUUUCCCAUUCAAGUACUUGGAGUUCCUACAAAACCAAGGUUUCUUAGUCAGUGUGUCAAGUGAAAAUGAGAUUCAGGUUUGGGAUUUAGAACAGAGACGGAUGACGUCUUCCUUGCGAUGGGAGUCCAGUAUAACUGCAUUCUCAGUGAUACAUGGAUCAAGCUAUAUGUAUGUUGGAGACGAGUAUGGUAUGGUGUAUGUGGUAAAAUAUAAUGCAGAAGAAGCAUCCCUUGCGCCUCUCCCAUAUUAUGUUCCGACAAGUGCAAUAGAUGAAGCAUCUGGAGGAUCUUCAUCUGGUCAACACUCUAUUGUAGGAGUUCUUCCCCAGCCAUCUUCUCAAGGAAAUAGAGUGUUAAUUGCUUAUGAUAAUGGAUUACUCAUUCUAUGGGAUGUGUGUGAGGAUAAAGUUGUCGUAGUUAAAGGGAAUAAAGAUCUUCAGUUGACGGGCAAAAUUGCUGUCAAUUCUCAAGAAGAAUUAUCACAGGAGGAACCUUCAGAUGAUGAACAAUUGGAGAAAGAGAUAAGUGCUCUGUGUUGGACAUCUGGCAGUGGGACAGUUCUUGCUGUGGGUUAUGUUGAUGGAGACAUAAUGCUGUGGAACCUAUCAACAAAUGUUCCAUCUAAAGGAAACGAUGUUGUUAAGCUACAAUUAUCAUCAGAUGAGAGAAGACUACCAGUCAUUGUUUUGCAUUGGCGUCCAAAAAGAUCACGUGAUGACUGUUCUGGCCAACUCUUUGUCUACGGUGGUGAUGCAAUUGGCUCUGAAGAAGUUCUAACGAUUUUAAAUCUGGACUGGUCUGCCGGAAUUGGCAAACUAAAAUGCAUUGGGCGAACUGACAUUACACUCGGUGGCUCUUUUGCUGACAUGGUUCUAUUCACAAGUGGUGCUUCAGUGAAUACAAGUGGGAUGUUGGUAUUGACAAAUCCAGGACAGCUGCAUUUUUAUGAUAGUACUUGCUUGUCUUUUUUGACAUCAAAGGAAGAGAAAAAAUUUACUGUGUCUCCAAUUGAAUAUCCCAUGGCUAUACCUACUGCUGAGCCAAACAUGACUGCAGCAAGGCUUGGUGUGAUAUGUGUAGAUGGGAACCUUCUAAAGGCUUUAUCCGAGAAAAUUUCUGCUGCAAAAUUGAGAAGGUUUGAGGUUUCUGGAAAUUCAGCUUGGCCAUUGACUGGUGGCAUUCCUAGCCAAUUUUUGGAAGCUGAAAAUUAUAAAGUUGAAAGAGUUUAUAUAGCAGGAUAUCAAGAUGGGUCGGUCAGAAUAUUUGAUGCAACAUGUCCAACCUUUUCAUUAUACUGUGUCUUAGGACCCGAGGUCAAAGGUACAAGUAUUGCUGGUGCAAAUGCACCAGUAUCUGCACUGGCGUUUUGCUCCUCCAAGUUAACUUUGGCUAUUGGCAAUGAACUUGGUACGGUACUUUUAUACGAUUUGAGCAGGACUACUGAUGCAAUGCAGCUAAACUUCAUUACAGAAAAUGGAAAGGAAGUUUACACUGUACGCGGAGUGGAUGAGCCUCACUGCACAGCCGUGUUUUCCUUCCAUACUUCACAUAUAAGCACUCUUCAAUUUCUGCAUUCUGGAUCCAGACUUGGUGUGGGAUUUCACUCUGGAAGGGUGGCAUUGCUUGAUAUUAACACAUACUCAAUUUUGUUCCUCACUGAUUGUAUGUCCAACUCGUGUUCUCCAAUCAAAUUACUGGAUAUGAGACCAUCGACAGAAACUACUAGUGUGAUUAAGGAUGUAGGGCAGAGUGAAUCCAAAUGUAUGGGUAACAAUGCCAAUCAGGAAGUUUUUGUUGUGACCAAGGAUGGGCAGUUUGUCCUUCUAGAUGGAAACACGGGCAAUAUCGUCUUUUCUCAGUCUUUGAAAGCUGAAGAAGAAUCGACUGUUAUUUCUAUGCAUAUCAUAGAUAGUAGCAUGAUGGCGUGGGAAAGUGGAGCCACUCAUGGUAGUGAUAAUCCACUCAAUGCGGAUCAAGAAGCUACUUCAGGUGCAUCCAGUUGUGGGAAUAGAGCUGAGACUUUCUUCCUCGUGCUUUGUUGCGAAAGUGCAUUGCACCUAUACUCUGGAGGUACAACCCCUGUUCAAACAGUGAAUCUUUCGAAGCCAUGUUGUUAUUCUAUAACUUUCAAGAAGGAUGGCAAAGUUGUUGGACUCAUUGUUAUUUAUCAGACUGGGGAAAUUGACGUGAGGUCUUUGCCGGACUUGAGAUUGGUGGGUGAAAGCAAUUUAAUGUUUAUUCUAAGGUGGAACUUCAAGACUAACAUGGAUAAGAUGAUAUGUUCCUCCGAAAGUGGACAGAUAAUCUUGGUAAAUGGGUGCGAAGUUGCUUCAGUCUCUCUUCUGGCAUUUGAAAAUGACUUCAGGAUUCCUGAUUCUUUACCUGUCCUUCACGACAAAGUGCUUGAAGCUGCAAUUGAUGCUGCUGCCUACAAUUUGUCUCCGAGUAAGAAGGAUAAACAGGGUUCCCUACCUGGAAUUUUAGGUGGCAUCCUCAAGGGUUUACAGGGAGGUAAGGUGGAGGAGCAGAAAGUGGGGUUUCCUGAGGUUGGGAAGAUUAACUUGACACAUCUAGACACCAUAUUUUCCAACCCCCCAUACUUGAAGCCUUCUUCUAUGGACUUUGACGAGGAUGACCAAAACGAUGCCGUGGAACUAAGCAUAGAUGAUAUCGACCUUGAUUUUGACGAACACGUGGUGGUGGAAGCAUCUUCCGCGAAGGAGAGCAACAACGAUAAGAAAGACAAGGGAAAGGAAAGGGAGAAGUUAUUUGAAGGUGCAACGACUGAUUCCAAGCCCAAAAUAAGAACAGUUGAAGAAAUCAAGGCACAAUACGGGAAGGAGGAUGCUGCUGGAGCAGCUGCACUUGCGAGGAACAAGCUAGCCGAGCGUGGUGAAAAACUUGAGAGGCUGAGCCUGCGAACAGAGGAACUGCGGAAUGGGGCCGAAAAUUUCGCAUCGAUGGCUCAGGAACUCGCUACACUAAUGGAGAAGCGUAAUAAAUGGUGGCGGUUAUGAUCAUCAGAUCUCGUACCCUGGACAAAAUAUCCGUGAACCAGCUUGCUUGGCUUUCAAGGUACAGGAGAAAAGAAGCCAUUGUUGGCCCUUCAUUUGGGUAGGGGCACUCUAAUUACUACACACAUUGUACCCUAUUGCCACCCGAUCCCCGAACCCCUACAUUUUGACGUGUGCGUAAAGUAUUUGGCUAUUAAAAAUACAGUGACCGCGUGAGGGUCUGUAUUUAUCUGUCAUAAUUCAUAAUUAACAGACUUGUACAUUGUCAUUUGUGAAUACAAAGAGGGCUUGAAC